UGCGUCUCUCAGCCGGAUGUGGAUCACGAGUUCGCACUUCGCAGUCUGAAGUAUGGCGGCGUCAGAAGAGGUGACGUUUUUCGUUGUAAACAACAUUCCCGCUCAGUUCCGAUCCGCAGAGCUGAGGAACUAUUUCAGUCAGUUUGUCGAGAGUAAAGGCUUCGCGUGUUUCCAUUACCGCCAUCGACCGGAGCUUCGCUUGCAGACGGCGGACAAUAACGGAUCUCGCGAGAAGAGCGCGGAGGUGAAAACUUGUUGUUGUGUGGUAUCAGUUCGCUCUCGGGAAUCGGACAGAUUCGUGAAGAUGUAUUUGGGGAACCACUGGAUCGACUCUAAAGGAAACUGGCUGAGGAGAAAGUGUUUGAUCCGGAGAGUCAGAGUAUCGGAGCAGGCCGAGCAUGAUUCAUUCCCGUACAAGACGAAGUCCGAGAUGAGACGGCACGUCGCCCAAUCAGAGCACUUCACACUGUCGGACCUCAAGGGCCUGCCGGAGCUCAAUCCGCCCUCUCUCAUGCCGGCCGGGAACGUUGGCACCCCUGUCAGUGUUUUCCUGGAGCUCAUCCAGUCCUGCCGUCUCCCGCCGCGGCUCAUCCGCAAACUAGGGCUCACGUUCCCCAAGACGGGCUCGAGUCGCCGCUACGGGAAUGUGCCCUACAUGUAUCACAAUACGGCCACCGUGAGCCCCUCGGAGGAGAGCGUCUUCACCGCCGGAGGAGUCGAGAUCUCGAGGCCCAGCCGCCUGUACACGCCCACAAGCUCACAGAGAGAAGAUAAGGACACGCCCACAAGCUCACAGAGAGACGAUAAGGACACGCCCACAAGCUCACAGAGAGAAGAUAAGGACACGCCCACAAGCUCACAGAGAGAUGAUAAGGACACGCCCACAAGCUCACAGACGGUGGAUAAGGACACACCCACAAGCUCACAGACGGUAGAUAAGGACACGCCCACAAGCUCACAGACGGUAGAUAAGGACACGCCCACAAGCUCACAGACGGUAGAUAAGGACACGCCCACAAGCUCACAGAUGGUAGAUAAAGACACGCCCACAAGUUCACUGAGAGAAGAUAAGGACACGCCCACAAGUUCACUGAGAGAAGAUAAGGACACGCCCACAAGCUCACAGACGGUAGAUAAGGACACGCCCACAAGCUCACAGACGGUAGAUAAGGACACGCCCACAAGCUCACAGACGGUAGCUAAGGACACACCCACAAGCUCACAGAUGGUAGAUAAGGACACGCCCACAAGUUCACUGAGAGAAGAUAAGGACACGCCCACAAGUUCACUGAGAGAAGAUAAGGACACGCCCACAAGCUCACAGACGGUAGAUAAGGACACGCCCACAAGCUCACAGACGGUAGCUAAGGACACACCCACAAGCUCACAGACAGUCGAUAUGGACACGCCCCCAACAGGCUCAGAGACAGAUGAAGAGGACCCGCCCAGUUCUCCACUUGUCAAUCAAGAGUCAAAGGAUGCAGGAAGUGAAGAGGAGCUGUCCGACCCUGAUGAUGAUGAUGACCGGUGUGAGGAGUGGGAGCGUCACGAGGCCCUCCACGAUGAUGUCACCAGUCAGGAGCGCUCUAAAGAGAGGCUGUUUGAGGAGGAGAUCGAGCUCAAGUGGGAGAAGGGCGGCUCGGGCCUCGUCUUCUACACAGACGCUCAGUUCUGGCAGGAGGAGGAAGGAGAUUUCGAUGAGCAAACAGCAGACGACUGGGACGUGGAUAUGAGCGUCUACUAUGACCCAGACGGAGGAGAUAUGGACUCCAGAGAUUAUGUGCGCAUGCGCUCUGAGAGGAGGCUGCGGGACGGUCUGGAGGGUCUGCCGGGACGCCAGCAGAAAAUCGGCAGCUUUGAGCGCUUUACGAAGGGAGUGGGCCGGCGUGUGAUGGAGAAGCAGGGCUGGAGGGAGGGAGAAGGCCUCGGGAACAGCCGGAGGGGAAUGUCGGAAGCACUGGAGAACGAAGGCCAGCAUCCCAACUGUAAGAGAGGCUUCGGGUAUCACGGAGAGAAGCUCAGCUCAUACCUUCCACUUAAAAAGCCCAGAAAAGACUUUCACAUCUCCACAGUUUAUGAUGAACCUAAAGACAUUGAUAAAGGCGAUGAAGUGCUGCGGCGUCAACCUGGCACCAGCCUGAAGUACAGACACCGCUGAACACUAGUGAUGUGCACUACUGAUGAAACAAUGACUGUUUUUACUCGGAGCUCUGCAUUAUUAUUCUGUAAUUAUUGUAUUAAAGUUUUCAACAGAAAAAAA